CAGGUUUAAAGGGACAGUGUCACUCUGCUUCCUUCCUGCUUCCUGGAGCUUUGUAGCCUUCAAACGCGACGUGUUCAAACCACCAAACAUGUCGCGGAAAUGUACAUAAUAUUCCACAUUUAGGUUCUCGGGUGAUCUUUUUGAAUACAAAGCGAGCUGUAUGGUGUCUCACGUGGAGAGUGUGUGUACUCUGAGUGUUGUGAUGAUAGGAGAUGGGCGGUUUAAAGCACGCAUUGUCUUCAUUUUGCUUUUUAAUCCGUUGAAACAGGCGGAACAGGAAAUACCAACAUGUGCCGUAGUGGCUCCGAUUGUGAUGUUUUGUCGUGUUCAGGACGCCUGCCUUCUGAUGUGAUGUCUGAGAGAUCUGGCCGCUGCUCAUCAAAGCAAAAUCUACGACUGCUGUGUUCAUCGUACCGGGCGACGCCAUGUGAGCUAAAAGCACGGAGGAUUCUGGACUGCGAGGGAUGACAAGGGAAGAGAAAAGCAGAACUGUUGGAUGAGAACUGAUGGGCUGUCCAAGCUGGAGACAGCAUGCCAACUGCAAAAGGUAAAGGUGGUGCAACGUCCCACCGGUACCGGCCCGCCUCGGAGUUCGACAAUGCCACGCUCGCCCAGAAGAGAGAAUACUGGAGGACCAAGAAACGAGAGCAGAGAGCUCGACUGUCAGAGAGCAGAGGGAAGCCGACGCAAGAGAGUCGAGGAGACGAACUCUUACGUCCAAACGUCUCCGGCUCCUUCGCUGCUCUCUCUUCUCCUUUGCAGGGUCAGGAUGAGUCGCGCAACACAGCCGAGGACGGUUCAGUCAGAGCCAGCGAGCGCCAAAAGGAGAAGUGGUUGCAGACGAUGGAACUCAACAAGGUGUUGCCUCAGGUGCCAGCUUCAUAUUCAGUCUCAGUGAGAGCUGCCGGGGUCGACAGCGCCGCGGUGAAGUGCCCGAACGUGAGUGCUGCUGGGAUCAAAGCCGUUACCUCACCUACAGCCGCCCGUCUGAACUCCACCUCCUCAGUGCCUCCAUCCAGACCGACCAGAAUCACCAACGGCAGCUCCACUAAAACACCUCAGCCAUGUGUGUCUAUGCAGGGAGCGUUCGUCCCCAAAACUCCACCGAAGGCACAAUCCCACAUUCAGCCCAAACUCUCGCCCUCAAGUGUGACGACAGGUCAGACUUUUACAACUUGUCCUCCAUCAGAGGGCAGGACAACAAACACAACACCUCAAAGAGGAACAAAGAGUGCCUUGGCCUCCUCGCAGAGGGCUAAAGGUGUUUACGUCUCCAAACUGACUUCCACAGAGUCCGAGGAGGAGAGAGCAGCCAGGCGCAGAGAGCACUGGCGAAUCAAGAAGCGAGAGCAGAGAGCGAAGUUAGCUAAAACCAGAGAGAGGAUACAGGGCCCGGAGGUGACCUCACAGAGGCAAACGGCACAAAAAGCGGGACUUGUUGGAGGCACGGUUCUUCCUUGUGUUUCACCUCGGACGUUCUCGAGAAGAGUCGGACAGAAUCAGUGUCAUGCUCGGGUCAAUACUUCUUUUACGCCUGCAAAACGUUUAGCCACGUUUAACCUGCAAGCAGACCAGUGAAAGUCCAGAAUCCACCGGGGAACAUGACAGUCAACGCACCUGAAGGGAUUUCUGUGAGAAGGGCGGGAGAGACACAUAGAAAGCUUCCAAUUUAUGUGAAUCUCUCAAAUGUUUCCCGAGGGAUCGCACGAUGUAAAACACCCCGACAGAGAUUCAUCGACGCCCAAAAGACUUUCAUGAAUCAAAGAAACAUGAGAUGUAAAUCCCCGAUGCUUGUUUCCUUCUUUGGUACAAGAAACAUCCCCAAAAUAGACCCCAAUGACACACCUGAGCAGAUCAUCGGCAAGCGGCGGGAGUACUGGCGGAUUAAAAAGCGCGAGCAGCGAGCAAAGCUGUCGAUGGAGAUGAAGGCUCGUCUGAAGGAGAAGGACUGCGUCAUGCGAAGGGUCAAGCGGUAUCAGAAGAUCCUGGAGGAGAUGAGGAGGGCGAGAGCGCAAUCAGCAGGAAGUAUCCUCGCCCACGCCUCGGAGGCCAUCGGAGGGUUCAUCAAAGAGGACGGGACGGUGAGCGUCAGCAUCCCGACGAAUCGCAGCACAGCAGAAGAGCAACACAAACGAGAGCAACAGCUACUUUCCAAAAGCUCUCCCAUCUCAACGCCUCACGUUCACCCGGAUAACAAACGCAGAGCCGUUGCACCCGUCCGCGUGACUCUGCCGCCCCUCCGUCCGGCUCAGGUGAAAGUUUCCUUUCCUCUCGCUGGACUCAACAAACCUCAAAGGCUUCCAUCAAUCAAAGCUGAAAGCACAAGCGUUUAUAUCCAUAGUGUAGGCCAGCUCAAACUCACUCAUCCUCAGACCCCUGAAAGUGCGUCCUCUGGAGGGUCAGCAGCAGGGUCCGGUCUCGGCGGGUGUGUUAUGAAAAUGGCCGUCUCAAGUAGUGUGACUUCCCCGUCAGCUUCCUGUCCCGACCCAGAGCUGACACAGGAGGAGAGGAUGGCGAAGAAGAGGGAGUACUGGAGGAUAAAGAAGCGGGAGCAGCGAGCGGCUCGGGCAGCCCGGCUGAAGCAGGGACUGUUACAAGCGAGGGCCUUACAGAGGAGGAAGCUCCAGAGGCAGGGGACCGCGGCACCACCCGACAGAACCGACAGAACAGAGAGCGCCCAGCCUCUCCCCGGAAACAGCUUUCCUGCUAAGCCAAAUGCAAGUGGGAUAAAACAAGAGGCAGCAGUUGACCUAGAUUCCCCACCAGAGCAAGCCAUCUGUCCAGAUAUCAAACCCCCAACCCCUCCAUCACCCCCUCCAGCGCCUCAGCAGGAGCCUGACCCAGCUCUGAGUGCAGACAGCCAGGCUACCACACUGCUAGCCGUGGCCUCCAUGAAGAAACUUCUGGAGGAGUCGCUCAGCACGGUGACAGAGUGUAAAGGCGAGCAGGCUGACGUUAAGAUCGAGGACGAGGCUUCAGACGCCGAGCCCAAGCUGAUGCAGCUCUUCUUUGAGAAAGACCAAGUGGCUCCGAUCGCGGCUGAUCUGACUCUGGAGAUUAAAAGCUGGCAGGCGGAUUCUGAUGCUUCAGUACAAGCAGGUUCCCCAAGUCUUAAUCUCAAAAACUCCCCCCCAACAAGCGAGCCACCGUCACCCCUUCCUGUCUCCAGCCCGACCUGCGAGAGCUCCUCCCAAACCUUCUCAAACUUCAUCGUAAAGCCCUCCGCGGACGCCUCCGACGGCCCGCCCUCUCCGCGCAGGACUCAAAGAAUCUGCACCAAAAAGACCCUCGCUCAGAACAGUCCGCCAGAGCCGCCGAGGCUGCACCACCUUCCUUUAGAUCAAACGCAACCAGAGCAGCGGCCACGCAAGGCGCCCGAGCCGUGCAGGAACCGCAGCGUUCAGUCGCCACAGAAGCAUGGCUGCGUGGUGACGGAGCACGGCGGGCUGAGCAGCCUGCAGAGGAAGAGGGAGUACUGGAAGCUGAUGAAGAGGCAGCAGAGGGCGCGCUUAAAGGCGGGGCAGAGAGACAGAGCGGGAGACUCGAGCAUUCGGUUUUCCCAGAGGAACGUACAGGCUUCAGGUGUGGGCGUCAUUGACUCCGCUAAAGGUGUUGUUUCUCCAGUUAAACCCGCCCCUCAGCCCAGACCUCCCAAUGCCUCAGUGACCUCUGUGACCUCUGCGACCGGUAUCCCCACAGUCCUGGUGGUGAGCCCUGCAGCGGUUACUCCUGAAAGCUCACCUGACACGCUGCAGGUCAAAGUGCCCGUUAACAGAGCGUCCUGCUCAGAGCAGAGACCCUUCAGACCCUCACAGGUCGGGGCGGACGCUCUCAGGGCUCCAGAGAAUCAGAGACAAACCGCCACACGAUCAGGAAAGUGGAUUUGUAGAAGCACAGGCGUCGACUCGCCUCCUCCUCUCCCCACCCUAAAGCCCCCGGAAAACCCGCUCACCAGCAUCAACCUGCACCCCAUCGAACCCCCUCCUCAGGCCCUGAACCCCACCCUAAAAAUCCCCAGUGCCCACCUCCAGACCCCCGCACACACGAUCCACAAGCUGACCCCGAUCAGCACCAUGGUCCCUCCGAAGCGUGUCCUCGGGGGAGUCUGAGGAGGACUUCCUGAGGAGGAAGAGGGAGUACUGGAGGAUCAAAAAGAAGGAGCAGAGAGCGAGGAAGGCCAUUAGGGAGAAGGGAGUCACACCAAGGGGAUCCUCCAAUACCUGGAGGCCCAUCCUGCCUGCACAGGAGCUGCACACACAGGACUCUGAUCCGUGGGUGAACUCGUCUGAGGAGUCAGAACAUCUGAUGAGCCAAUCAGACGAUACCGACCCUUCAUCCUUCUCUUACUCGAACUACACCGCACCUCUGGAAGACGAGUCGGAGCUCGUGUUCAUGGACUACGAGAGCAGCGGCGCCGAGGACGGUCUGGUCUCCGACGCCGUGUGGAGGAGCAGGUACCUGAUGGACU